AUGGGCUGUACACCGUCACACAGCGACGUUGUAAACAGUGUGGCAAAGGGCGGCAUUCGGUUUUUGAGAAAGCCCAAAGCAAUUCUGCCAGGGAGUCAGGGGAGCAGUAAAAAGGUUUCCGUCCCACUGCUGGUUAAAGGUCCUACCUGCUGUGAUGCUGUGGGGAGUCUGCCCCAGGGACAGAGGCUGGUGGAGGAGCUGCUGGGCUCCAGGAGGACUCAAACCACCGCUGAAGGACUUUGUCAGCUCGUGGGAGACAUGGAAGGACUGAUGUCAGGGACCCAAACCUCCCAUGUGGCUGAGGACAUUCCAUCCAACUCCCCGGGCUCCCAUGGCACAAGAGGGGCAGCCUUUCGCAGGGAAGAAGGUGCACACACGACUACCCAAGAGACCCCCAAACCAGGCCACUGCUGCCAAACCAUCCCCCCUGUUCCUGGGUCAGCAGGCAAAGUGAACUUCCCCAAGCACCUGGUAACGGCUCACCAGCACGCUUACACCUACCUGCACUCCAGCCUCUCCAAGUACGAAGCAAUCCUGUGCCUCACCCACCAGGCCGCCCAGACCCGGGAGCUGCUGCAGCCAAUGCUCUGCUUCCUGCUGCUGUGCUUCGAGGAGGUCACCCAGCUCUUGGGGGAGAUCUCGGGGGACGGAGAAGUGCUCCUCCGGGAGCUUAGGGACGAUUUCGCUUGGCCAGCAUGGGAAGGGGAGCCCCAGGAGAAGCCUGACCUCUUGCAACAGCUGCUGCAGUACACAGUCAGUAAGCUGCAGGUGCUCCGUGCCACGGCAGCCUCCCUCACCGGCCACUUCCUGGAGGGCUCCAGCAGCUACUUCUACUCCACCGCAAGCCACUUGGAAAAUAAGCUGAGCACAAAGAGGGCUGUGGAGAAACGCCUCCUAAGGGCACUGGUGCAGCUAGAGAGCCUCGCUAGUGGCCAUGGUGACCCUGGGCUGCAAGGUCUACCCUUGUGCUCUGAGGACAGCGGCAUCGGUGCUGACAAUGAGUCUGUGCAGUCCAUGGACAAGCUGGGGAAGCAAACCAGCUGGGAGUUCACCCCAGAGCCCGAAGAAUGGAAUCUGGAGACGUCACCCCAGACGGAGGCCAGUCUGUCCAGACAGGCCUGGCAGCAAAGUCCAUUCUGGAUGGGUCAGGACAGAGAACAGGACUGCUCACUGUCAAGGCCUCUCAGGACCAAGGUCCAGCCAGCAACACAGGGCGAGGCAAGGAGGCCAAACCCCGCCGGCACAGGCCCAGAAACAAUUACCUCCAGGCCUUUGGUGGUAGGCAGGAGCAUGCCCCAUGACUCCCUGGGAGCUGUGGAAUCCACAAAAGCCCAUCUUCCUAAAAGCUCCCAGCAGGUGGCUACUCCAUCCCUCAGUGACUGUGAGGACAGCAAUGUUAGCUCAGGGCAGGAAAGAGCUCCACAUCCAAAGCCACAGUCUCCACCUGCUGACGGGGAAAGACCCUUUCAGCCAUGCUCCAGGAAGCUUAGGAGCCCCCAGACCCAGGAGAUGGCUCUGAAGAUGAAGGAAGCCAUCAGUGAAAGGAUCAAGUUUGUCCCUGUCCCCUGUGGACAUCAAGACUGGGCUGAGGAAGAGGAGGGAGGGACAAUGGUGCCACCAAGGCCUCACACGGUCAGCGGCAGCAGGAGGGCCCCCGAGAGAAAGAGGAGGUCGCAGUCAGAGGGGAGUAUCAAGAGCCUCGGGGAGGACCCUACCCUCCAGGAGCUGUGCAGGGUCCAGAGAGAUCUCAGUCAGAGGCUGGAGGCGUUUUACGCCUUGGGUGCCAAAUGGCAGGGGCAGAACAAGGAGCAGAUUCUGCAGCCCAGAGCGGUAGCCCUGUGGCCUCCCAGAAACUGCAGGGUGAACCCCAGCAGCACCGUCAGCAAGCUCAAGGCGUCCCUCACCAAGGACUUUAGCAUCUUGCCAAGUCAGGACAAGAACACUUGGCACCGAUGUCAUCCCCAACCUGAAGGUGAACGGCCCAGGCAGGGGAACUCUGAGAAGCUGCCAAGCACCAUCCCAUCGGGGGAGGACAGCGAGGCGUCCAGGGCCGAGGACUGGAUUGUCAGGGGCCGUCGCACCAGGACAUCAGUCAAAAAACUUAUUGAAACUUUCAGUCCUGCUGAGAGUGUGAGGACAGCGGAGGGCUCAAGUCCCUGCCUCAGCCAGUGGGGAGUCCCCACCACGCCUCCAAGAUUUCCCAUUUAUGGGGGGCUUGCUCCCUUGUAUCCCAAGCCCCAAAUUUCUCCAGCAGCGGGCAGCAACUAUCUCAGUGCUGACCUGGGCUGCAGGACCUUGGUACCUGUCUUUCUUCCUUUGCCUGCAGCAGGAGCAUUGGAGAGUGAGGACACACACUGUGAAACAGAGGGGAACUCAGAGUAUCUCCCUCCGCCGCCUCUGGAAAUCCUGAUGGACCAAUCGUUCACCUCUCUGGAGCCCCCAGAAAGCAGCAAUCCAGCAGGGAGCUCCCCUGAAGGGUCCCCAGCACCUGGGCUGGGAGUGUCUGGUCCCACCAGGGGGACAUGGGCUUCCUCAAAGCUGAGAGCCUCCAUGAGCCCCAUCGACUUGCUGCCCAGCAAGUGCACUGCCAGCUCCACCAGGCUGCAUGGCACAGGGCCAGGGAGCAGCAAGAGUGGCAGCAAUCCCAGAAAGUUUGCCUUGGACCCCAGCCUCCCACCAGCAGCCAGCCCAGUCUCAGAGCAAGAGGGCAGGGCUCUGGGUCAGGUACAAACAGCAAAGGCCAAAAGCUCCUCCAAGCAUUCCCAGGAGGCAGUUGCCUGGCAUCACACUAGCCUUCCGUCGGGGCAAAGCAGGACCUCAGAAUCCAGCCUGGCCAGACCCAGAAGAGGAGCUCAUUCUACACAGGCCUCCAGACUGAGCCGAGAGAGAAGUCCCCCCGUGGGGGUCAGAAAAAGCUCCCCCACAAAGGCACACUGGGUGCCCCAAGCAGACACCAGACAGCGUAGCCCGCCUACCUCCCACAGACCUGCCCCACCAAGCCUCCCCACUGUGAUCAGCUCCCCCAGUCCCCCACUCAGCCCUGGAGCUGCCAGCCCACCAGUGAGCCCCAAGGUGCUAAAUCCAUCACCAGCAAAGGGACCUCCACCACCCCAGCUCAAGUAUCCUUCCCUGCCUCCAGGGAGCCCUCCUGCCCAUCGCACAGAAGCAAGCUCCCCUGCCUCUAUACCCUCCCUUUCGCCCACAGCAUCCACAUCUCAGGGGCAGAGGGAGACAAGAGACGCUGAAGAUACUCAAGCCCCCCGCUCAGCCAAAGUGUCUGCCAUAUUCUGCCCGGCCACACUGUCUCUGUUUGAAGCCAAAUCGCCUUUCUCAACAGCUUGUCCAAUGGCCCCACCGUCACUGCCACUAGAGCCCAGGGCCCUUCUAGGGACCCCAGCAGCAUGCUGGAGGAGCAGCAGUCCAGGGUCGCAGGUGAGAGCCGACUCACAGAGGAGAAUGGCUCUGUGUUCCCUCAACCCCCUGCCUUUUGUGAGGAGGGUGGCUCCCUGCCACCACCUGGGUGUCCAACGUCAGCGGCACGGCACCUCCUGGGAAUCCCAGCCCAACCAAAGCAGCAGCAGUGAGGACAGCCCAAAGCAGGAUGUGGCACCGUGGAGCAGCCUCCGUGCCCCAGAAUUGCAGGGAGGCGGUGGCAGAUGGUCAUCUCCCCCAGAACUCUGCGUGCUUGGCCACGGGCUACAGCCAGAGCCCCAUGCCAGACGUGCCCAGGACAAAGCUCGGCCAGAAGAACAGCCCCAGCAGAAGGAGGGGACUCCAGCCACCCCAGCAGGCACAAGUUUUAUGGAGAAGCGUGGACUCUGCUGGCUUGGUUAUACUCACGGAGUCCCGAAAGAGGCUUCACUGAUAAGAAGACUGUGGGCCCUGCGUCAGGUGACAACCGUUCCCACGGAUGUAGCUGCUGGCUCCAAGGCUUUCUGUCUCAGACACACCGAAGUCUACUGCACGGGGCAGGACCUGGUUUUGGCUCAGGUGACAGCCCAGCAAGGCUCAGUUAGUGCCCAUGGACAAAACAGAUAUGUUCAAUGGGAGGAAAAAAACCAAAGGAGGGGAGUUAGAGGAGAAAGAGAAAGAAAAGAGGGUCGUGGUGACGUGCAGAGGUACGCAUACCCCUCCAGAAGACAAGCAUUAGGGCACAGAAGCCCGGGUCCUGACACCUCCCUCACCCCGCUGUGUGACCCGGAUUCUCUGGACUGGACUCUUCCCCCCGGAAUGGAAAUCAGCGAUAACAACGCCAGCCUACUUCUCCUGCCGUCCGCGAAACCUGGACACAAGAGUCUUACCCUAAACCACCUUGGCAAGCCCAUCUCGGGGAGCUGA